CGUUCUCUUGAUCCUGAACUGUGAUACCUUGUGUCGGGAAUUCGCAAGACACUGUGAACUCUGCUCCGAUCCCCCGGGAUCAUGAGCGCCGAAUUUCGUGAAAGAUAUGAUCUUAGGGGGCGUUUUCGUCAAUGGUGCGGGGAUACUUUCGACGCUUGCGGGCCCUUUGUCUACAAUGAAGACGGAGCUGCGCCCGAGCAGCCGGUCUCGUCCGCUCCCCCACUGCAGAGUUCGAAGCAGACCUUCGCCUCGAAGCGAAUCCACCAACUGCUCACGGAACCUCUGCUCGCGUCCAGGGGCCAAGAACGGACGUUCUCUACCCCAACCAGCGCUGAGCAGACGGAUGGAGUACGGAGGAAGAAUUCUAUCAAUCAAGUUCUCCCAUUUCUUAUGAAGCAACAUGCCAAGACGCUAUUAUCGAUUCAGGAACUGCAAGACAGGGUGGCAAGCCUGGAAGACUUGAGUGCGAAUAUCCAGUUUGCGAUGGACUCUUCGCUCACGAAAAAUACAAACGUCACGGCCAACCCCUGGUCAGCGAACAAUCUGAAGAUUGAAGAGCGAACCGGAGCCAAUUAUAGUCAAGUUGUACAGAGCUCAAAGCGGUCGGACUGCGGAGCCGAGAGCGACAAGCAGGACAGUGGACUCGAAGUUGAUUCGUCUCAUUCGAGAAAUUCACAGACGCCGUCUUCUUCGGGAGGGCAGAAUCUUCAUCCGCUUAACACACAUCCCACAGCACAUUCUCAUCCUCAUCAGCUCAACCCACACCAGAACCAAGCAGACGAGCUACUUGACCUUCUCGAUCAGAUCUGCGAACGAGGAAACCAUCUGAGAGACUACGCGUCGAGCCAACAGCAUCUGCAGCAACUGAACUCCGAUCUUGCGGGGAUGGGUGACGCGCAUCUGCUCAAGGAAAAUCGCGAGCUGAAGAGAAUUUUGCAGAAAACCGAAGACGAAAAGAAAUUACUGAAAGAUCAGAUUCGGAACUAUGAAAGUCAACUGCAUCGACUCCAGGGUGAACGAAUGGCGUAUGAAGACAAACUGUCAGCGGUUUGCUUCGAGAAACGUCAGUUGGAAAGUCAUGUUCGAGCUCUACACGUCAGUUGCGUCGCUGGAGGAAACUCGACCGCGGGAGUUUCGCUCCCCAGUGGACAAAACACCAGCCAAGCCCAAGCCGAAUCUAGUCAUCUCGGAUCUUUUCAGGAGUCGCCAAGCGUCAACGAUAAGGUGUCCCGAGUGUUGCAGAUGGAUAAUCCCCUGGAACUCCAACGGCAACUCAUCGAGCACAUCAUGGACAAAGAAGCUCUCCAGGAACGACUCAAAAAACUUGAGGCUACCUGGGGAAAACGCCACCAAGAUUGGAAGAAAACGGAAGAGGCACUACAGUCUCACGUGGACGAUCUGAUGGGCGAACGCGAUGAGUGCAUUUCGGCUCUUCGCAAGAACCAGGUUGACCUGAGAAGACUCAGAUCGAGGCUGACGUUUCUGGAGAGCGCGAUUCAGAAAUUCGACGCAGGCAACGGUCCCAACGAAGCUCUCGACCAAAUCGGCGACAUGGCAUUACCCCUACCUCCAUGGAUUCAGAGCUCCUCGCCGCGCAUGGUGCAAAGCUACCACAACAAUUUGGCCAUCGGACUCGGUGAACGGAAGAGCCCGCACCAUUCGCUCCCGCCUCGAGUCGGUGUCAACCAGGCGCAAAAUACGCAUGCUCUGUUCCGCAACGAAGCUCGUGCAUCGCUCCUGAGCGAUCAAUGGCGACGGCUUUGCUCGCCUCAGGAAGACGAAGACGACCUCAUGUCCGUUCACGACGAGCUCACCUCUCAAAUAGACCAGAUCUGUUCCGAGUUCGACCCGUUGAGUACGAAAGGAGCGACCGGUGGCGAAGAAAACCACGACGGGCCCCAGGAAUACGACUCGCUCGACCUGUCGAUGCCUCUGCAGCCCAUGAAGCUGCAUACAACGUUUACAUAGAUUACGCGCUGAUCCGUCAACCCGCAGUGUUCCUGGACUGAUUAUUAUUGCUGGACCAUCGACGCCUUUGCGAAAGUUUGAAAAUCACCCGGAAAGGAAAAACGACCGCAGAACACGACAUCGCUGGAUAAAAGAAAAUGUACAAAAAUGCUUAAAGCUGAAAGGCUCCGCAAUAAUAGUUGCCCGCUUUUCGGCCAUUGAUGAGAGCUCGGGAAGCGUUGAGUCUGCUCCUGGUCAGCUGCGAUAUUCUCCGAAUUUCCUCAUCGGAAAGAUUACGAAUCAUUAA